AUGGCUACGGCUAAGAGAAGCAAGGCGAAAGCUGCCAAGGCGAAAGCCGUGGAAGCAGCCAAGACAGCCAGGGCCAACGCCUACGCGGCCGAGAGGGCAGCUGCCGCGGAUGCUGUACGGGCCGCCAAGAUUGCCAAGAGGAAGGCCAGAGAGGCCAAAAAAGCUGCCACGACGGACACCGCGAAAGCCAAGGAGGCAGAAGAAGCCGCCAAGACAGCCAGACUCAUGGCCGAAGAAGCCGCCAAGGCGAAGGAAGCCGCGGAGGAGGCGAGGCGGCUGGAGGACAAGGAGACGGAGUGGGCGCAGUGCGAGGAGGAGCUGUUCGCCUCCAAGUUCCGCCGUUUCUGGAACAAAUUCUACGCCUGCCGCGGCCGCGGCGUCACCUUCCAUCAAACCAGUAAUCAUCCCAAUUUAAUUAUUUGUGUUCCGCGGUUAUUUUAGUUUCUUAAAGCAAGUUUAAUAUGAUGACGUAAAUGGGUUAUAAAGACCUAUUCCCUCCGUCCCACAAUGUAAGACGUUUUUGCAAGCUAGUUUAGCUUGUAAAAAUAUCUUAUAUUAUGGAACAGAGGGAGUAAUUACCAUGACUAUUAAGUAUUUUGUUUCAUUCUUUCACUAACUUGAUAUUAAUGGAACAAUGCAGCAUCUAUCCCGGCCAUGCGUUAUACGUUCCCUGCUUCCCGUGACACGCCCGAUCCCAUGGAUACUCUACAGUUCAAGUCAGUCAAGAUCACAUCAAUCAAGGAGUGCUUACACUGGCCACUGCAAGUAUUUGGUAUCAUUACUGCACGUGAUAUCCUGGAUAAUAAGCGCAACAUUAUUUUUCACCGUCCGAGAAAUAGCUGCCAGACCAUCACUGAAGAGGUUUGUAUAUUUCUACCCAUUUGUUUGUUUUCCCAAGUUGCAUGCAUUUUGCUCUUGUACACUCUCUCCUUGCCUCAUUAAUUAAAGUUUACAAAAUUUUGACU